AUGAUAAAAAAACUAGACAAGGAGAAGCCCACCUUUGAAUGCAUCGAAAUGAAUGACAUAAAAAGGCUGAACCAAGAAGGAGAGGAAGACGAUUCGGAUGAAGACAAAAUAAGCCUCGAUGACCUCAGUGUCUGUUCCCCGAGUAAGUUACACAAAGAGCCUGACUUGACAGAGGACGAGGAGGAAGAGCAGGAGAAGCUGAUUCACUCCAAGUUGUACGAAAGUAUGAACAAUGUAAGUAGUAACAUCGAGAAGAAGGAUACCCACUGGUUCGAUGGCGUCGAUGACAGUGAUGAUGGGGACGAUGCAGACAGUGACCAAAAGGGCGACUCUGCUCAAUUUGUAGAUAAGUUUCGUAACUUGCUCCUACUUGGGGGUGACAAAGACGGGCCAGAAGCCAUUCGCGAUGAUCAUGGCAGCCACAAUGGUGGGGGCACCCCCAGAAACAGUAACUAUAGUGACAAUCCGCCAAGCAACCUGCGUUGUGACCCCAUCAGCAGUGUUCACGGUGACCUCCUAUGUACUUCCAAUCACAGGGAAAAGCAACCGCCACCGGAGAAGUACCUGAACUGUUCAGGCGAAAGUGAAGAAAGAAGUGAAAAAACAUCCCGUCAUGGUUACCACACAGGUGGAAGGAACCCUCCCCCCGUUUGCAGUGAAAUGGGGAAGGGUAACCCCUCCGAAAUUACAGAAGCGGGACAAACACACAUACAUCGACAUGUAAGAAAGGACGAAUGGAAGAAAUGGAGGAAAUGUGUAUCCUCAGAUGAGGAAAGUGAGAAGGGGAAAGCUGGCCGAACCCCCGUCAUCAGUGCGACAAACGAACCUUUAGCAGGAGUCGCCAACAGGGAAGACAUAAAGGAGACACUCUCCCAUCAGAAUAACCACAGUGAUGAAAGCGGUAGCUAUAUCGGCGUCCAUAUCUCUGCGAUGCCAAUCACUUCCUCCAAAGAUGAAGCGACACAUAGGAUUGACCCCCAGUCCAACCAACACAGUCAUUAUGCCAAGGGAGCAAAACGGACGAGUCGUCCACGGGAGGGAAGCCGCGCUGGCAAGACAAGCAGACAAUACAGUCACAGGGUAGAGGAACGGGGCCCAUUUUUUGCUCUGCCGCUUCUUCACUCUAGGAAGGUAAACAGUGAUGACGAGGACAGCCCUCCUUUUUCCGAGUUAGCUCCUGACGGUUGGGCGACCUCAUCGGUCUGCACUUCCGAUAGGCAGAGGGGGAAGGACACACACCGGGGGGGCGUUACCAACAAUGUGACGAGGAUUAUUAGCCGGAUAGAGGAGUCCGUCCAGGAGAAGAAGACCAAAAAGGGGGGGAGACAUCACAGGGGGGGACAUAUCGAAGGGAGCGACGUAGAAGAAAGCGGUAGUGAAGGAAGAGACAGCGAAGGAAACGGUAGGGAAGAAAGCCGAAGUAAAGAAAUCGCCAAUGAUGACUGUGAUAAGUGCAACAGCGCCUGGGUGGCAGAACAGGACGAGCAGGCCGACACUGUCACCCCAGUGGGUAACGACAGGAGUAACCCUGCCCUUCCAACCAUUCAGAUGACCUUUGUCGAUACGCAUAAGGUGAAGAAAAGCAGCACCCCCAAGUACUCCCUUAGGAAGUACGGCUCCCAGAGUUACUCACAGCAGGUGGGAUCUCCACCCAGGGGGGGGGCACACAAUGACAUGGGUCUUCCACUCAGUAAAAAAUCCUUAAGCAGCGGCCAUGUUUACGUCCAAGAUGCGAACGAGGAGGAAGAUAGAUCUAUGCAGAGGUACGGUGCUGAUAGCGGGAAGAAUCAAAGGGGUAAUGCACCGGAAGGGAAGCCAAUCGGGCCGAAUCAAAGGGAGAGUCCCCCCGAACCAAAGCAUGGGGAAAGGAACCCCCACAGUGACCAGACGCAACGACAUGCCUAUAGAGUCGGUGCGAAAAGUUUGAAAGCAGCGGGAAACGUCGAGCAUGGCGGCAUAAGUGAUGACCUGCGCAGCCGCCCCAAGGCAAACCUCACUGCACAGGUAGACGAUACACUCACGGAGAGAUACAAACGGGGUUCCCCCACCGACAGGAGUAGGCUGUCGCCGAGUAGGCUGUCUCCGAGUAGCCUGCGGAAGGAGCUGGAGGAACAGAGACCCUUCAUGGACGACACGCACUUUGACGUAAACCCUAUUAAGAUCAACGACCGCAAUUUAGAAAAAUGCUUCCAUGCCAUUAAAGACUUAUGUAACAUGCCGGAUGGGAAGAGGACCAACAGCCCCAGUGAUCGCAGGAACGUGUCUUUAUCCAGUGAGCAUCUCGAUCGGAGCUUUGGGGCGAAGGACUCUGAAGGGGGACGAAGGUGGAGUGAAGUACCUGACCGAAGGGGCCCCUCAACUUGGCGACGACACAUCGAUACGGAGGACACACCUGUGCAGAAUGUGUGCAAGUCGAGUGACGUAAAUCUGUAUGAAAACAAUUUUAAGUGUCUCUCGAAGACCUCGCCGGAUGGGAAGCUCCCACCGGAUGGGCAGCCCCGUGCAGAUGUUUACCGAUUUUUUUACAAAGAAAAUGAGCUGUGGGACGGGAAAAGGGAGAGGAGCGGCCAUCCAACAGAGGGAAGUGAUCAUCGAAGAGAGCGAAGUGGCCACAGAAGGGAGAGGAGCGGCCACCCAGUUGAGCGCGACGACGAAGGGAAGGUGGAUCGCUUCUCCACUCGCGCUGCCGCGGGGGUUGGUACUGGCGAUACCGCUUCCGCUCCCUCUGCCGCUCCCCCUCCGGCGGCCGCCAAAAUGAAGAGGCGCAUAAUCGACUGCAAAAAUGAGCGGCUCAAAUGGGGAACUACCCAAGUGAUAAUCGAUAUAGACGACACGAUCCGAUCGAGCGGGGGCUACAAGUUUUUUAACUACGCCCUUGGAGGAGUGGACGCUCAGUACCAGAGAGGAGAGACCUACCCAGGAUCCUUCCAAUUCAUCUUCGAAUUAGCGAUGAAUAAGUUGUCUUCAGAAGCGAAGCCUUUGUUAUUGUCCGUCCUUACAGCGAGAAUACCACAGGUACCCAUAACAGAGGAUUCAUUUCUUAACAAAAAAUUCAAUGAGGUGGCAGAAAGGAGAGGAAUCAAAAACUGGGGAAUAGACUGUGAUAAUAAGAUUCUUUACUCGACGCUGAAGGAGUGGGUAUGGAAUGAAACGAGAGGGGAGAAGAAGUUUGUCAAUUUUAAACACCUCCAUAAAUAUGUGCUGCAGCAGAAUUCCCUAGUGAGAUACAUAUGGAUUGGAGACACUGGGGACAUGGACAAACAGGCAGGAGAGAUGAUGAUUCGGACAUACCCACAGAGGAUGAAAGCGGUUUUUUUACACCACGUGAAGGGGAAGGAUGAUAAUACAUUGCUUCCGAGUGAUUAUUUUAUUAAGUCGGUGCCCAUCUUCUUCUUUCGCACAUACAUCGGUGCGGCUACAAAAGCACAUGCGUAUAACUUGAUCGAUAAGAAAGGAUUGACGAGGGUACUCGUGCAGGCUGUGCUUGACCUGGAGAAGAGCAAAGCCCCUGCGAGCUCCUCCAAAUGGGAAGACCUCAUCAAGGACAUCAUUUUGAGUGACGCCAUGGACGAAUUGGACAAGUACAACGCGGAGACGGUCAAUCGGACCAAGAAAAUCAUCGCGCAGCGGAUGCUGGAAAUUUCGGAGCGGAAACUGCACUUUAUCAGCUAG